AGAGGGCUUUCAGGGUGAUAGCGCUAGGGCACAAUAUCUUAGCGAUGCCAUGUCUCGCAUGUAUUUCAUGGCACAGGACUCUCUUGCAGUUAGUGAUGAACAACACAGCAGAUAUUUUCAAGAGUUGAGGGACUUUGCAUCCACAUCUUUGCAUCAUGUAGGAGAGUCACGCCGACUUGCAUUUCGCCCUCCACACGUACCACAGGAGAUUCCACUAUAUGCUGAUCCAUGUCGUGUUCAGCGAGCUCCUAGAAAUACCCACGGAAGUCAGCAUGGCGGUGGACGACGUCGUAGACUCCGAUCACCAGAACCCGCCAUACAAACUGGAUUCCAUGGAGGUUCGAUGGCUACUGAGGACCAAGCUGGCACAUCUACUUUUGUCACACCUCAGACCGAAGUCAUGCAUGAGAGAGGUGUAUCGAUUGGGCAUUCUAGGUCCCCUGUGACUUUUCAGAGUUUACGCCGAUAG